AUGUCCUCUUCAUCGGAAUCUAGAGGCAAGGACGUCGAGGCUGGAAAUGAAGGCGGAGCUCCAGCGGCCGGAAACUCAACCUACGGAUCGAAACGCAUGCAAAUGGCACAGGCGCAAGUCAGCGAAGUCAUCGACGUUAUGCAUGUAAGUCUAUAGAUUUGCUUGGCUCUUAACAGACGAAUCCGAAGCGACUGCAUGAGGAAAAGUUUGCCAUUUCCGCAAACUAGCAAGCAUUAGUUGUCGUGACGGUAAGAGAAAAAGGGUAGGAUGCUAAGAAGUUCAAGUUGCGCGGAAAAAAGUGAACACAACUAUUGUAGCGUUCGAUUUCAGAACAACGUCAACAAGGUGAUGGAGCGCGAGUCUCAGCUCAACUCUUUGGACCAUCGUGCGGAGGUUCUCCAGCACGGAGCGUCCCUGUUCCAGCAAUCGUCACGCACUCUGCGCCAAAAGUAUUGGUGGCAGAACGCGCGGGUAAGACGGAUCGUCAGCGAAUUAGUCUCGAUCCAACUUGUUUCAGAUGAUGAUGAUCAUCGGACUCAUCUGCUUCCUCAUCAUCGGAAUCUUCCUCAUCUGGCUCUUCAACUAA